GAAGAAGUGUGCCUACUGGGGGGAGAUUCCAACCAAGUCAAACCAUCGGUGCAUUGAUGAUCUCAGAACAAGAUUAACCAUGAAAGAACUCAGCAACGUUGAAAUGCCGACACUAAGACGAAGUUGACUAACGCUGAUAAAUCCAAAUAUGUUAACGACAAAUAACACACAUUUAGUUAACAACGAAUAAAGAUUUAUUUAACACAUACAACAAUUAUUUAAAAGAAUAAUUAAGCGUGUAACGCGAUAAUCAGUUAUGAGUAUCACAACAAAAGGGUCUUCCUUUCAAUACCAACUAAAAUCGACUGCCUAUUGACGCCGACUUCCCCUAGAUCUUCUAAUCUAUUAUUUUAUCUAUUAUUUUCCUCGUCACCCCUAUUGCUUCAUCCUUCUUCUAGAGACGAUUUUGGCGGCAGCUCCCCGGAAAACCUAGAUAACGACGCUGAGAAUCGGGCCUUUAGGUGGCACAAACAUGUGCAGAUCCUCACGCAGAAAAACUGCCAGAACAUAUGUUCAUGGCACGCUGACACGAAAAACCUCUUUUCGGCCUUAAAAUAAGACUUUCUUUUACAGUGUAUUCACAUUAUGUGUUUAUUACUUUCAUUGAAACGUCCACUACAUAGAAGAUGUUUUUUUCCUCAGUCCCAUAAAGGUUAAAAAACUAAAAUUUUUUCAUGCUCAUCAGCAAAUAACAACUAUAAUUAAAAAAAAUAUUCUAGAUAUUGAAGAGGGUUGUAUUUCUUCACCAAAUAAGGUAAUUAAAAACUAACAAACUGAUUUCAAUAGACAUUCCUUGAAAAAUAUAGAUUUUUUUAUUGUCUUUCAUUAUAUACACAAUUAGUGCAGAAAGAGCACAUGUUUACAAAUCCAAAUUGUUCAGGAACCAAUAAAAACUGUUUUUCUUAUAAAUAAAAGAAUUUUUUAAAUUCUUCUUUUUUGUUUUACAUUCUAUUUUAACAUUUUAUUAAGAAAUUGAUUCUUAACAAAAUUCCAUAUUUUGGGAAAUGAUCAAAAUCGUACUUGCCGACAUAUUGCGAGAAGACAUAUACGCAGAAUAUUUACAUGUAAAAUCACAACAAUUACAUUACCUUAAACCUGUUAAUUAGUAUUUUUCAUCUCAUAGAAAGAAGCAGACGAAAAUUGCGCUUUGUAUAUAGUUAAAGAGAUGUUUAAUAGAAGCACCGCAAGAGUUUCCAGUACAGGACGGUCAAUUAAAACCCCGAGAAAGAUUUUAAGCAAUUCAGAUGAAGAAACUCGUCCACCAAAAACAUCCAAAAGAACAGUAACAGUUAAACAGAAGAGUAACCGCUCAGAUUCGUCUCUAUCGCAACAGAAUACAGCAUCUGAAAAUUCAGCUAUUACUGACAACAAAUUAAACUCACCAUUGUAUCAUAUAUCUCAGAUAGAAGAUCAUCAGGAACAUACAUCUUCCACGCAUCUAGUUGAUCAAAAAAGCUCUCUCACAAGCUUAAUAUUGGUACCGGAUGUGACAGUGAAUGAGACGUUGGAUCCUAAUGUACUAGCAACAUCUUUAACAACAUCUCAAGAAUUAUAUCAUUAUACAAAUCAAGAUCCGUUAAAUGCAAUGAGUAACAGACACGAUAUAUUUUACAGUGAACAGAAACAUGAAGUUAAUAAAGACAAUGAUUUAAAAUUCAAAAACGAAAUAUUACAGAGAUUAGACAAUAUAGAGAAACAGAAUAAAAGAAUUCUUGAAAUUUUAAAUGAUAUGCGUGGCGAUUCUGAAAAGUUCGUAGAGGAAACUUUGUAUCAACCGCUGACAGGUUUUCCUUUGAAGACAAUGGAAGAGUUUGAAAGUUUGGUAACCGAUAAGAAUAAAGAGAAUCGGCAAAAAGUGCAUGAUCAUUUAGUACGAUUGGGAGGGUCUAGAUUAAAAGAAUUUCUCAGCGGUGGACUUAAGGAAAUAAUGGAUGACCAAUUAGUUGCAAAAUUUACUUGGCUUAAGACAAAAGAUACAGAGAAAUUCGGUGACACUAAAGUGUCCAACAUAUUUUAUCGAGCUGCUAUUAAAUGUCCUUUAUUCGAUGGUCCCACAAAUAAAGAGAUUUAUAAACAAACAAUGUUGGAGGUACUUAAAAGCACUAAACAACGUUUUAGAAAUAAAAUCAAAAAAGAGUUAAAUCAGAGAGCUGAUGUGAAUAAAAAAAAAGAGAAUAUAGUCGUAGAAAUUAAACAAGAGAAUCUGUCAACUUUAAAUGAAUAUAUAGAUGAUGACGACGAAGAAUUCAACAGUGAUGCUUAUAAUGAUGUGGUUGAUGAAGAAUUUGAUUAAAAAUAUUUUAAUGAUAUUAAUUUUCACUUAAUGUGUUUAAAAACAUUAAAUUUACACUAAAUUUAAUAAAAAAAAAUGACCUGCAUUAAAGUAUGCAAUCAGUCCAUUCAAAUUCGUCUCAAAGAUAAUGUAGAGGUCAAAAAUAUAAUUUUAAAAUAUUUUAAACCUGAAUAUUUGCAGAUUAUCAGAUUUUUAAUUAAUUUUCAAAAGUUUUUUAUAAUACGACUUUUGUUUUCAAGUUCUUUACGUCCAUAACUUCAGUAAUGAUUAUGUAUUUAUAUUAUUAUUUUUAUACUCUAUCGUUAUAUAUAUAUAUAUAUAUAUACGUAAAUAAAUAUUUUUAAAACAAAGAAAAAAGAAAUUGAUUUAUAUUUUUUAAGAUUAACCCCUAAAAAAUCGCUCAUUAGAACUUUCAGACUUCUUCCACAAUAGCUAAAUCGCAUCGUCUUGAAGACGAUUUUUUUGGACGCGACGAUGCACGCGCAUCCAUUGCCAACUGUCGACAAAAAAUUUAUUCCACAUAUACUAAAAAUUAAAAAAAAUAUUUUGCCUGGAAGAAUAUAAAUAAAUUUUUUGUUGACAGUUAGCAAUGGAUGUGCGUGAAUCGUCGCGUUCUAAAAAAUCGUCUACAAGGCAAUGCAAUGUAACUAUUGUAGAAGCAGCCUUAUUUUGAAGAUUUUUAUUAGAUAACAUUAUUUUUUAGACAAAUUUUUACUUAUUAAUCCUUUCACUCCCCAAUAAAUUUGAGAUGACCUGAAAUGUUUUAAAGGUUGUAAAUAUGUUGCUAGGGUUUUCUUUUUUUUCUUUGUUACGCAAUUUUUUUCACAUCUGCACUCGACAAACAUUGCUAGGCCGUUUUCGAAUUGUGAUUUUUGCGCAUACUUGAUAAAGUGUAUAGGUACUAGGUGUUAAUAAGAGCGGAAUUCCGUAAAUUUUUAAUUUUUUUUAUUAAAUAUUAUUUAUUAAAAAUAAUAUUUGUUAAUAUAUGUAUAUUACAAAUAUGUUGUCAAAUUAUACACCAACAACAUACACAAUACACACACCUAUAAAUUUUCUAAUGCUAAAUACUCAAUUACUAUUUCAAAUUAAUUUAAUAACUAUUUAUAAUUUUAUUUUUUAUUUAUUUUAAUUUUGAAAUCAAUGGUUAUUUCGCAAGUGAUUUGAGAUUAUUGAACUUCAUAGUGCGAAAUAACACGAACUAAAUUGUAAAUCGAUUUCGCUAAUUGUGGGACUUACAAUGUAUAGAAGUUGCCACAUUAGUCUGGAAUAUUAGAAAAUAUAUAUAAAUUACAAAAGUAACUCAGGUGGUUAAACCGAUCACGCCACUAAUAAAAUGCAAGUUCGCUAAAACUUGCAUGGAAACAACGAGGUGUUGAUUGCAAAAUCAACCCUCCUACUACUUAAAAUAACAUACAAACAGGUGAUCGUUGCCACCAAAUUAUUCUUCGGGGAGUCUUAAUUUUUUUUCCCCGCAAGGCGGAUGUGUUUCCCGCAAAAAGGCGGAAGAAUAUAUAAAGUUUGUUCCAACUAAAAGUGGUUGAAAUAGUUAUUUACUCCCCUCAGUAAUGGUAGAGUUUGUCAAAUUCUACCCUUACUGAGGGGAGUAAAUAACUAUUUCAAUCACUUUUAGUGGGAAAUUUUAAUUAACAGUAGAAUGUUCAAUAGGUCAAAAAAAUGGGCCUUUAAAACUUUUACAAAACUAAAGAUAAACAUUUAUAUAGGUGCGCCAAUAUAUUUUUUUAAAGUAUUGGCAAAAGACGUUUUAAAAAUAAAUUUUCAAAUGCAAAAAAAGUUAUAUUUAUUAAUAUGGUUCAAAGAACCCUCUCAUCAUUAUUUCUCAGCCAGUGAGAACUACAAUUUAAACAAAAAUUUAUCCCAUUAUUUCAUUGAAAUGUUCUUUUUCAAACCUCUUGAUAUAAUACAAAUUGUCAUCAUUAACAUUAUCAUCAUUAUCAUUUGUGAAAUCUUCUCAUACAAUAACAUGUUUAGAUUCUCCCGAAGAUCCAGGAGCAUUAAAAUCAUUAUCACUUGAAAUAUCUUCUGUUCCAAUAACUUGUCCAGAUCUACCCGAGGAUCCUGGAAUAUCGUCACUAGGUAAACCACCUCUUCCAGUAAAUUGUCUGUGUUCAUCAGAAGAAGGUAUAAUAAUUUGGCGAAGAAAAUCAUUUCUACCCAUUUCCAGAUAUACAUCAGAAUAUUCACCAAAUUCAAGAUUAUAUUCCAUAUAAUAAAUUUUGUUUCCCUUAAAAAUUACUGGCAACACGGGAACUCGGAUUUGUCUACUUUCGAUUGUUCUCAUUUCUAAAAUUUUUCCCGAUAAAGAAAUACAAGUGGGUCCAAAGAAGUUUUUACCUCCGGGAUAAUAGAAUUGAAUGACUUCCUUAUUAUUUUCUUCACUCAUCUCUUUAUUCGGUAUCAAACCAUUAAAUGUUGUUGACAGUUGCAUAUUUCUUUGUAAAUUAUCUAACAUGGAUGUUAAUAGUAAUUUGAGAUUUUUAUAUCUAAAAUCGUUUGGAAUUUUUCUAAGCAUAUAGGAAUUCAUCUUGUACAAACUUUUGUAGCCAAACUUGCUUAGACGGAAAGUUAAUUCAAAUUUAGGAUCUAUUAUUUGUAGGUGGGGAAUAUAUAACUCGUUUAAUAUUUGAUAUAUAGGAAUUUUCUCUAUUUUAUUCACUACUAAACCAAGAUAAUAAAAUAAAUGUUUAUAUGCUUUAACCCAAAACAUCUCUGUCAUAAAAUUUUUGGAUAUUUCACUGUG